AUGACCACCACCAGGGGGCCUCAGUCCCUCACCGGGACACCCAGCUCUGAGUCCACCUUCACCCUGAACCCUCCAGCUCCUGUCAAGCUGUCCCACCCUGCUUCCUCUCCCAUCUCCUCUUCUCCUCCUGCUCCUUUUUCUCCUCCCCCCUGGCCCCCGCAGACACACCUGGACUCCCAGUCAGCCCUCUCCCUCCAUGAGGGGCAGGGGGAGUUGUUGGGGGCCCUGGAUGUGGCCCCACAGCCUUUUCAUUUGGAUUCACCCGGGAACUUCAGGGAUCUGGGACAACGACAAUGCCAUGAUGUGUCUACUUUAACGGACCUCUGCUCAGACCUGCCCGAGUUGGAGAUAGUGAGCCUCCUGUCAGAGGGUCAGCCCAACUACACUCUGCGAGCAGAUAGUGUGUUCGGAUACGAGAAUGAGGACUGGCUGCAGACCCCUAUUCUGCAACCAGAGGUCGUUCUGGGACUUACACACGAGCAGAUUGAGGAGACACUUAAGUACUUCUUGCUGUGCUCAGACAGAGUGGGCCAGGUCACCAAGACAUAUCAUGACAUCAAGGCGGUCACCCACCUAUUGGAGGAGAAAGAACGGGAUCUCGAGCUUGCGGCGCGGAUCGGCCAGUCCCUCCUCAAGCAGAACCAAGAACUCACCACGCGCAAUGAGAUUCUGGAUGAGCAGCUUGAACUUGCAAAAGAAGAGAUCGCCCAGCUUCGUCAUGAGCUCACCAUGCGAGAUGACCUCCUUCAGUUCUAUGCAAGCACCGAGGAGAUGGAGAAUGCUGAAGCACACUCACUGAUGAAAAGGAACAGUUCAUGCUCUUCUCUCUCCAACUUCGUGCACUAUGACUUCCUGCAGCAGAAACUAAAGGAUUUAGAAGAUGAGAACCGUAAACUGCGGUUAGAGGCCAACGAGCUCACAACAGAGACGACAAACUACGAGGAGCAGGAGCAGGAGCUGAUGAUGGUGUGUGUGGAUGAGCUCUCGUCUGUCAAUAAGCAGGUAGUUGACCUGUCUGAGGAGCUGGCACGAAAAGUAGAGGACUCUCUCCGACAACAGGAAGAGAUCAGCUCACUGCUCGCUCAGAUUGUUGACCUGCAGGCCCGAUGCAAAGGGCUCACCAAUGAAAAUGAGGAACUCAAUCAAAGCCUGAAUGCCUCCCGCGAUGAUCAACAAAAACUUAAAUCAGAGCUCAAGGACCUGCAGGACAAGUACUCUGAGUGUGAAGACAUGCUGCGGGAGGCCAGAGAGGACAUCAAGAACCUGCGGAACAAAAGCCUCCCCAACAGCACGGUGCAGCGGUACACUGCGCUGGCCUCCGUCCUCCCCAUGGACUCUCUGGCUGCAGAGAUAGAGGGCACCUUCCGCAAAGGCCUUGACAACCCGGCCCCCACAGAGUACAAGAACCAUCCGUGGCGUGUGUUUGAAACAGUGAAAGUAGUGAACAAGGCCGUGAGGUUGCGGUCUCAGUGUCCCUCCCCGGGUCUGCCGGGCUCCAGCCCUCAAUCCACUCGUUCAAGUUGUGCCAGCACCCCCAGAACCAGCUACUACGGCUCGGAUAAUAUCAGCAUAACUCUGGAGGACAAGCCCAGCUCCAGUAACUCUCAUAGAGAGGACAACAGCGUCAGUGGGCCAAAACGUCUGGGCCAGCCCGGCACACCAGGAGGCCAUGACCUUGAAGCGGCGCUGCGCAGCCUAUCAGCUCGUCAGCAGAAUCACUCUUCAGAGCGGCCUUUCUUCGACGUAGAGAGGGAGCGUAAACUUCAUGCCUUGGUAGCAGACUGCGAAGAGGGUGAGGUCUCCAGCGGCUUCCUGACCCCCAAUGACAGCCUGCUCUCCAGCCCAGCAGCAUCCACAGGCACCAACUACUCAAACGGCAGCUCACGACACUCGUGUGGCUCCUCUGGUGGAUCCAGAUCCUAUCUGCCCGACCGCCUGCAGAUUGUCAAACCUCUGGAAGGUUCAGUGACUCUGCAUCAUUGGCAGCAGUUAGCCAAACCAAACCUUGGCGGCAUCCUGCACCCACGCCCUGGCGUACUGACGAAAGACUUCCGGGAGCUGGAGGUGGACGUGCAGCAUAUUUACAGUCUGAACGACCUGGAGGAGGACGAGCCUGACCUGUCACAGAUAUCUGGAGCUCAUGGCAUGGUCUCUCCAUCUGGUCCAAACCUCCCUCAGACCUCUCCCACACAUACCAUUACCACCUGCCAAGUCCUCCAACCCUCCCUCCUCAUCCCCUCAUUCUCCACUAGCCUUCGCUCUUUCAGCCUGCCACCUUCUCGGAACUGUGAGCUCAUGAGCACUUCAUCGCCAUCUCACACGCAGCACUUUGGCCUCGGAGGCCAGAUCACCACAUCCACCACCACUACCAUGACCAGCACCACGAAUGUCAACACGUCACGACUGGGACUUGUGAAGUUGCUGCAGGAGCGCGGCAUCUCAGCCUCUCCUCAACGCCAUCACAACCUGAACUACAACAAGAGCACUACACCUUCACAACGCUCAUCAUUAAAAGACAAAGGUGGAGGUUCAGGAUCAUCAGACAGAGAGGGUAGAAGGAACUUUUUCAGUUUGAACCUGGUGGCGAAGCUUCAGGGUCUGGGGCUGCACAGAGUGGCAGCCUGGGGGAUGAAGGAAUGACAUGAAACAGACAGACGAACGUUCUCUGAAGCUUGAAGAGUGCUGUUCACAGGUUAACUCCUCCCUUAUUCCCAGGAGUGACUCUGUAUCAUAAUUCAACUUAGCAGUUCAGAGCUCACAGCUCUGCUGUUUGUUCACAAAAGCCACAAAAAGUGCUAGAGCCAUGAGUAAAGUUGUCUGUAGUGUACAGUAAUGUUAUUUUCUAUGAAUCUGUGUACAGUAGUUGUGUGUGCUUAUCUUCAUCUCAGGACAAUCUCCUGAUCACCUGAUCACCAGUGUAUUUGACUGCAUCGUGAUAUGAUAUACCUUUGUUUUGCACAAAAAAAGAAACAUGAAGAAAACAAUAUUUUUAUACUUUGUUUGUGAUUAUCAUUGUUCACAUUAUUCUGCCACUGGUUUAAAAAAACAAACGUAUCACCUGUUUUUUCUUGAGUUAGCAAAGACACGCAUCAGUUAUGUAUGUGUGUGUAACAUCACCAUCCUUUGGGAGAAAAGACCACAUGCGGGAAGUUAUCAGUUGAAACCAUAAAUGAAAUCAAUGCUGUCACAUUGAAGAACCUGUGAAUGCACUAAGAUACACUCCAGUCUUCCUGCUAAGGAGAAAGGCAUGCUGAGCUUAACACUUAAGAAGUCAAUCAAAAAGCAAAGACACUGAUUUCCUGUAGCCGUGUUCUCUUCACAGAGCUCCUGUUGUUCUGGCUGCUGAAUCUUGUGGACUUUUCUCUUGAGCCAGAACUCAAAUGAAAAAAUAGCUUUGCCAUGCUACAUCAAAGACAGUCGAUAGGUUGUUUUUUUUCUCAAGCAAUAUGUCUGUAAACUUUACUGCUGAAAUUCUUGCUUGUGCUGUAUUUAAUGUCAUCAGGGAUUUUAAAAUCACUGGGAUACAAAUGAACUCAAUAUUUUCUUUGUGAAUUUUCAUUGACGUUAUUUAAAGAUGAGUAGAUGAGCGGUUGUUUUAUUUAAGCAGCAUGAAACACUUUAAAACAAUCAGCUGUAGCAAAAGGCAUAGGAUACUGUAGGUGAAAAGGGAAGAAAUCAUAAACACAGGUUGUAAUGAUUUGUGUUAAAUCAACCAAACCACUCAGCACUGCUGUUUGUUCUGUAUUGUGUUUGCAUCACAGCUGUAUAUAUGUGUGUACAAUUUUUCCACCUGUGGAUAAAACUUUGCAUUUCCAUUGAA